AUGAACAACAACACCACCCCUUCGCCUAGUCCCGGCCCUGCGGCGAAGACUUCCGCCAGUCCCAAGCCCAAUGCCUCGGCAACGGCAGGUACCAAGAGAAAACGAAGCGCACCGGGGAAGUUCUAUGCUGUCAAGGCGGGCUAUCAGCCUGGCAUCUACUACGAAUGGAAUGACUGCUUGACUCAAGUGACGGGGUACAAGGGGGCGGUCUUUCAAGCUUUCCCGACCUACGAGGAAGCAACUGCUUUCCUUACAGGGACGCAGCUUCCAGGUGCCCGGGGUGCCGCUCCUUCGAGUUCGGAGCCAACAAGAUUCUACGGCAUCCAGCGAGGACGCGUCCCCGGUGUAUACACAGAUUGGGCCAAGGCGCAGGAACAGAUCAAAGGGUUUGCACGCCCUCGUUACAAGAAAUUCUCCACGCGAGAAGAGGCGGAGGAAUUCGUCAGAAUGGAGCAGGGAGCGGGAGCGGGAGCGGGAGCUACCUUUGCCGGAGGUACUGCUACGUCGCAGACAUUGCCCGGCCCACCAGGUCUUACGGAUGAGAUACCAAAGGACGAGCAGGGAAACAUCUUGGAACCGGGCACUGGUCCAUUACCGCCAGGUGCGGAGGAUGGAUUCGAUCCCAAUGUGCUUUUGGACCCGGCCACAGGAAAGGUGGUUUACAAAACCAAGGAGCAGAAGACCACAACCAAGACGAGGCCGAUUGGCCCUCCAGGGAUGUUGCGUAUCUACACAGACGGCAGUGCGCUGAAGAACGGUAGAGACACGGCAGCGGCAGGCGUCGGAGUCUUCUUUGGGCCCGGAGAUACAAGAAACGUCUCGGAACCACUAAGAGGCAACCGACAGACUAAUCAGCGUGCGGAACUUACUGCAAUUCUUCGAGCUCUGGACAUUGCUCCUCGGCAUCGGGACGUCACCAUCUUCACAGAUAGUCGUUAUGCGAUAGAUUGUGUGACUGUGUGGUUCAUCAAGUGGCGGAAGAAUAACUGGUUGACUGCAGACCAGAAGCCAGUCGAGAAUAAAGAUUUGAUCGAGUCGAUCUUGGUCAAGAUUGAGGAACGCAAUGAGCUCAAAGUCAAGACUCUAUUUGAAUGGGUCAAAGGACAUAACCGCGACCCGGGCAACGAAGCUGCUGACCGUCUUGCAGUUAGUGGCGCUCGAAGGGGAGUUUCGGAGAAAGCAGCAGCUCUGGAAGCAGCACGCGAUAUCCCGGAUGAGGUUCUUGACGAAGAAUUCUAG